AUGUCACUGCUUUCUCACAGUUUGACAUCAAAGAGACUGGGGCAAUAUAUGAAAGAAGCUAAUAAUAGCCAUCAGCCAUGUCCACAAGAACCUGGAACUGAGUGUAUCCUUAUAACUAUUCGGGACAGAAUUAUGCAACUUUCACCCAGCAAUCCGAUGACUGAGAACAGUGCUGAUUAUUCGAACUUUACUUGGGGAAUUGAUGGUUAUGGUUACCCUUAUUCUACUGUUGCCUCAUUUGCCUACACUAUUCCUUUUGAUGGCAUGGACACUGAGCGAAGGAAAAAGAAAGAACUAUGGACACGAUUCCUUUAUGAAGAGUUUUCCGUUUUCCAAUGUGGCCGCAGGUCGACAAAAGCGGGAUGGACCUCGAAGAUAUUGCAGGAUGAUGCUGUUAGCAUAGAGAGUGGCACUAACACUGAACGCCCCGACACUCCUACAAAUACUCCCAACGCGCCAGGAAGGAAAAGCUGGGGAAAAGGAAAAUGGAAGUCGAAAAAAUGCAAAUACUCCUUCAAAUGUGUAAACAGCCUCAAGGAAGAUCAUGGUCAGCCGCUGUUUGGGGUCCAGUUUAACUGGCACAGCAAGGAAGGCGACCCCUUGGUAUUUGCCACUGUUGGCAGCAACAGAGUUACGCUUUAUGAAUGCCAUUCCCAAGGAGAAAUACGGUUAUUGCAGUCCUACGUAGAUGCCGAUGCAGAUGAAAACUUCUAUACUUGCGCCUGGACCUAUGACAGCAACACGAGCCAUCCCCUUUUGGCUGUGGCUGGAUCUAGAGGCAUUAUUAGGAUAAUUAAUCCAAUUACCAUGCAGUGCAUAAAGCACUACGUGGGCCACGGGAAUGCAAUCAAUGAACUGAAGUUUCACCCUCGGGAUCCUAAUCUUCUCUUGUCUGUAAGCAAAGAUCAUGCACUGAGAUUAUGGAAUAUUCAGACGGACACUUUGGUUGCAAUAUUUGGAGGAGUUGAAGGACACAGAGAUGAAGUUUUAAGUGCAGAUUAUGACCUCCUUGGUGAGAAAAUCAUGUCUUGUGGCAUGGAUCACUCCCUGAAACUCUGGCGGAUCAAUUCAAAGAGGAUGAUGAACGCUAUCAAGGAGUCCUAUGAAUACAAUCCCAAUAAAACCAACAGGCCAUUUGUCUCUCAGAAGAUCCACUUCCCUGACUUCUCUACCAGGGAUAUACACAGGAAUUAUGUAGAUUGUGUGAGAUGGCUGGGAGACCUCAUUCUUUCCAAGUCCUGUGAAAAUGCCAUUGUGUGCUGGAAGCCUGGCAAAAUGGAAGAUGAUAUAGACAAAAUUAAGCCCAGUGAGUCGAAUGUGACUAUUUUGGGAAGAUUUGAUUACAGUCAGUGUGAUAUUUGGUAUAUGAGAUUUUCCAUGGAUUUCUGGCAAAAGAUGCUAGCUCUGGGCAAUCAGGUUGGCAAGCUUUAUGUCUGGGAUUUAGAAGUAGAAGAUCCUCAUAAGGCCAAGUGUACCACACUUACUCAUCCAAAGUGCGCUGCUGCAAUUCGACAAACCAGCUUUAGCCGAGAUAGCAGCAUCCUUAUUGCUGUGUGUGAUGAUGCCAGUAUCUGGCGCUGGGAUAGACUCCGAUAACUGACUCCUAAGAACACAACAUUGCUUUGUGUGUGUGUGUCAGAAUAAUCAGCCAAACUGCUAGCACUCUGACUGCUUUCACAGUAGUUUCCCCUGCUUCCAUGACCAGUUGAACUUCAUAAAGUAUACAUUUUGUUCCAGUAGUCCUGUCCUGUUCAGCAAUGGCUGCUUUUUAAUAAAAAAGAUAUUUUUGUAAAUUUCGUCUAUUGCCUGUUUUACUUCGGUAUUUGCAAGUUGUAAAGUUCUUCUGUACUACACGUGUAUGCUUGCUCUUUGUGUUGUGAGGCUUGUAUAUGUUGAACCACAAGCAAAGACGUGGGGGUGUAAAUGUGUGUGCAUGUUUUGUUGUUCUAGAUGCGGAAGAAAGGCUUCUGCUUCCUGAAAAUAUUUGUUUUGUUUGCCAAUGUGUGGAGUUCUUAUGGCUGUGAAAACCUCGUGAAGGGGAUGAGCCAGUGCUACUAAAAAUCUCAGAGACAGCAACUGAACACAGCUUGCAACAGCUGGGGCAGAGUUUCACUUCUCGCCCUUGUUGUUGACUAGCAAAGGCAAGAUAAUAGAAAAUAAAACAAUUUAAAUUAGUACUGUAUCUUUUGUACAGGUUCCUGCAGUUUGUCCGCACUUGUAUUAUAGGAUGUUGUAUGCACUUCUUCAUGACAUGCAGGUACACACCAUAAUCCUAACAGUGCCCAGCCUGAAAAUCCAAACGGUGGCAGUUGCUUAGCUUGAUUGGCGCAGUGUUUAAACUUCCUGGUUUAGAGUGUUUGCAUUUAGGACGGCAUCUGUAUGUCACACAAAAGCCCCAGAAUACAGGCACAGACAAAGCCUCAGCUCUUGGCCCAGUUUCUCUUUUCUCAAACCCUCUACAAGUAGUCUGGUAGGAGUGAUUUGUUCCUUCCCUAGU